AUGUUUCAGAUUGAAGACCUCAGUGUCAGCAGCAAGACCAGUGGCCCCUCUCUGAAGGAGACACUUUCAGAGCCAGAGGUGACCUCCAAUGCUACUGUAAAAAGAGGAAGAGGGAGAGCCAAGCCAAGAUCAGUCUCGCGAUCUAGGGCUACUUCUGGUGGAUCAGAUGCGAAGGAAGAAAUUCAGACGACUGGACAUGGGCUUACCAGAGGAGGACAAGAGAGAGGGAGAGGGAGAGGCCGUGGAAGAAAGACAGGGAGUGGCAGAGGCAGAGGCUCUACACUGACACCUGCCAUGGCGACUGAUAUGUCAGAGUCUGAGAUUGAAGACCUCAGUGUCAGCAGUAAGACCAGUGGCCCCUCUCUGAAGGAGACACUUUCAGUUCCCAAGGUCAGCGACAGGAAAACUUACCCUUUACGCUUCGCCUCACGGAAGGCAUCACAAAGACUGUAAAUUUUGUAAA